AUGGCAGUAUCUUCGAUUCAAGACCGAACAAACGAGUUCAGGUCGGUCCUCACCCAGUUUCAAAAGCGACAGGCAUCAUCCAAGGUUGGAGCGCAGAGACAAUCACUCCUUACAGAUUCGCAGAAGGCUGCUGCCAACGGCAGCGCGAAUGGAGAUGGAAAGCCAAGAAGAUCCGAGUUCGCAAGGAGAGCCGCUGAGAUAGGAAGGGGGAUUGGAGGGACCAUGAGCAAGUUAGAAAAACUGGCACAAUUGGCCAAGCGGAAAACACUCUUCGAUGAUCGCCCGGUGGAAAUCAACGAAUUGACAUUUAUCAUCAAACAAGACCUUUCAUCCCUCAAUCAGCAAAUUUCCUCCCUACAGACCCUAUCCCGCGCUCAACAUCCUAAAGCCGACCAAGAAGGAGAGCACAACAAGAAUGUAGUCUUCAUGCUGCAAGGCAAACUCACAGAUGUAUCCGUGAAUUUUAAAGAUGUAUUAGAAGUCCGAACACAGAAUAUACAGGCCUCGCGGUCACGAACAGAAAAUUUCGUAUCCUCAGUAUCAGCAAACACCGCGCCGCAAAUAUCACAAUCCGCCUCCCCAUUAUAUAGCACACCAAACCGAGGCUCCCCUGGACCGGGUCAAGAUCUAUUAUCGCUAAAUCCGGUGGGUGAUCAGCAACUUCUGAUGAUGGAAGAAGCACAGCCUCAAAAUACGUAUAUCCACCAAAGAGGCGAGGCUAUCGAGGCCAUCGAACGAACAAUCAGCGAACUCGGUGGGAUUUUUGGGCAGUUAGCAUCCAUGGUCUCGGAGCAGAGUGAGAUGAUCCAGCGGAUCGAUGCUAAUACCGAGGAUGUGGUAGACAAUGUACAAGGUGCUCAAAGAGAGCUGCUCAAGUACUGGUCGCGAGUAUCUAGCAAUCGCUGGCUGAUUGCGAAGAUGUUUGGUGUUCUCAUGAUCUUCUUUUUACUUUGGGUUUUAAUAGCAGGUUAG